ACGAUUGAGACCUCUUUCUUGCUUACGGUCAACGAAAGACGAUAAACAUGAAGUGUAUUCUAUCGCUCCUAUCGCUCCUGAGCGUGACGCUCGUUGUGGCUAUUCCGGCCAACUUCCACUACAGUGGCGGAGGUGGUUACAACGUCAACGGAACGGGACAGAGCUUCGAUUUCUCCGGCGAAAGCAACAGCACAUCGUCCCUGCCCGAUUUUGGCCAAUUUCUACCGAACCUGACGCUGCCUUCGAAUGGAUUUGGAUUGCCGCAGUUUGACCCUGCUGCAGCGUGGAACAACUUUACCAAUACCAUUUCGUCCAUCUUCCCGGGGAUUGGUGGCGGUUUCCCAUUCUUCGGCAACGGACAGAAUGGUGGUUUGUUUGGUUAAUGUGAGCGAGUUGUUCGUAGCUGGGAACGUCGAGAAGCAAAACGAAUAAAACCAAUACAGAAGCAAUCAAACAAGUUUGUUUUGGAAAUA